UCUAGACACUUGUCUUCAUUGACUUUUUAAAUGAGUAGUUUUUUUGUUUGUUUUUGGAUGCUUGCCUGACUCCUUUUUUUAGGCUGAAGUGUCUUAAGAAAUUGAAAGUGAUUGGAUUUUCAAGAAUGUUGACUGAAGGAUGUUUUGUUGUUAUUGCUUUUAGUUAGCCCCAUUCUGCAAGUUUAGCUACUGUAGUCUCAAUCCAUGUCACUUAUUUUCACUUUUCUUCUAUUCUUUUGUGGAGGGAUAAAAGACUUGAGUACUGAGAAACAUCCAGAUGUGUCCACCUGAUGUGCCUGUCACACUAGCUGCCAACUACAGAAAAGUCAAGUAAUUUCAAAUGCAAAAAGGUGUCAGUAUGUUUUAAUUAACUGCAAGCGGGACAGGAAGAAACAAGAUCAUUAUCACCUACUUUCUGGCAAAGUUUGAUCUGUGGAUGAAAUGAAUCAUGAUUUUCAAGCUCUUGCAUUAGAAUCUCGGGGAAUGGGAGAGCUUUUGCCUACCAAAAAGUUUUGGGAACCUGAUGAUUCAACAAAAGAUGGACAAAAAGGCAUAUUUCUUGCGGAUGAUGAAUGGAGAGAGACUGCAUGGGGAACUUCUCAUCAUUCAAUGUCCCAGCCUAUUAUGGUACAGAGAAGAUCUGGACAGAGUUUUCAUGGAAACAGUGAAGUAAAUGCAAUUCUUUCUCCGCGCUCAGAAAGUGGAGGCCUUGGUGUGAGCAUGGUAGAAUAUGUAUUAAGUUCCUCUCCUGCUGAUAAAUUGGAUUCUCGAUUUAGGAAGGGAACUUUUGGUACUAGAGAUGCUGAAACAGAUGGACCUGAGAAAGGAGAUCAAAAAGGCAAGGCUUCUCCAUUUGAGGAGGACCAAAACAGAGAUCUUAAACAAGAUGAGGAGGACUCUCAAAUAAAUGGCAGAGGUUUGCCAAAUGGAAUGGAUGCCGAUUGCAAAGAUUUUAAUCGUACUCCUGGAAGUCGUCAAGCCUCUCCAACUGAAGUAGUUGAGCGCCUUGGCCCCAGUAGUAAUCCCCCAGAAGGAUUGGGUCCUCUUCCUAAUCCUACAGCUAAUAAACCACUUGUUGAAGAAUUUUCAAAUCCUGAAACUCAGAAUCUGGAUGCCAUGGACCAAGUUGGUCUGGAUUCCUUACAGUUUGACUAUCCUGGUAAUCAGGUACCCAUGGACUCUUCAGGAGCUACUGUAGGCCUUUUUGACUACAGUUCCCAGCAGCAGCUCUUUCAGAGGACUAAUGCACUAACAGUUCAGCAGUUAACUGCAGCUCAGCAGCAGCAGUAUGCAUUAGCAGCAGCUCAGCAGCCACACAUAGCUGGUGUAUUCUCAGCAGGCCUUGCUCCAGCUGCAUUUGUGCCAAAUCCAUAUAUUAUUAGUGCUGCUCCUCCAGGGACCGACCCGUAUACUGCAGCAGGAUUGGCUGCAGCAGCAACAUUAGCAGGUCCAGCAGUGGUUCCACCUCAGUAUUACGGUGUUCCAUGGGGGGUGUAUCCAGCCAAUUUAUUUCAGCAGCAAGCUGCGGCUGCGGCAAACAACACAGCCAACCAGCAAGCAGCAUCACAAGCUCAGCCUGGACAACAGCAGGUUCUUCGUGCUGGAGCAGGUCAGCGUCCUAUUACUCCCAGUCAGGGCCAGCAAGGGCAGCAAGCAGAAUCACUUGCAGCAGCUGCAAACCCAACUUUGGCUUUUGGUCAGGGUCUUGCUGCAGGCAUGCCAGGCUAUCAAGUACUAGCUCCAACUGCCUAUUAUGAUCAGACUGGUGCCUUAGUGGUUGGCCCUGGAGCAAGAACUGGCCUUGGCGCUCCAGUACGGUUAAUGGCUCCAACACCUGUCUUAAUUAGUUCAGCAGCAGCGCAGGCUGCAGCAGCAGCAGCUGGGGGAACUGCAAAUAGUCUUACAGGCAACACAAAUGGUCUGUUUCGGCCAAUUGGCACUCAGCCACCGCAGCAGCCGCCGCAGCAGCAGCCAAGCUCUAACCUGCAGUCUAAUUCAUUUUAUGGGAGCAGCUCUCUGACUAACAGCUCCCAGAGCAGCUCUUUGUUUUCUCACGGGCCUGGCCAACCUGGAAGUGCAUCUCUUGGCUUUGGAAGUGGUAGUUCUUUGGGAGCUGCUAUAGGCUCAGCCCUCAGUGGAUUUGGCUCAUCAGUUGGCAGUUCUGCAAGUAGUAGUGCCACAAGGAGAGAGUCUCUAUCUACUAGCUCUGACUUGUACAAAAGAUCUAGUAGCAGCCUAGCACCCAUAGGGCAACCAUUUUACAAUAGUCUGGGAUUUUCCUCCUCUCCAAGUCCAAUAGGCAUGCCUCUGCCAAGCCAAACUCCAGGACAUUCACUUACGCCACCGCCAUCACUUUCAUCACAUGGAUCCUCAUCCAGUUUGCAUUUAGGAGGACUGACAAAUGGUAGUGGUCGCUAUAUCUCUGCAGCACCUGGAGCAGAAGCAAAAUACCGAAGUGCCUCAAGCACUUCCAGUCUGUUUAGCUCCAGCAGCCAGCUCUUUCCUCCUUCUCGGCUUCGCUAUAAUAGGUCUGAUAUCAUGCCUUCCGGCCGUAGUAGGUUAUUGGAAGAUUUCAGGAACAACCGCUUCCCCAACCUUCAGCUCAGAGACCUGAUUGGACAUAUAGUCGAGUUUUCUCAAGACCAGCAUGGCUCCAGAUUCAUACAGCAAAAGCUAGAGAGAGCCACUCCAGCUGAGCGACAGAUGGUAUUUAAUGAAAUUCUACAGGCAGCCUAUCAGUUAAUGACAGAUGUUUUUGGAAACUAUGUUAUACAGAAGUUUUUUGAGUUUGGAAGUUUGGAUCAGAAAUUAGCCCUGGCCACUCGUAUUCGUGGUCAUGUUCUACCAUUAGCCUUGCAGAUGUAUGGCUGCCGUGUUAUUCAGAAAGCAUUGGAGUCUAUUUCUUCUGAUCAGCAGGUAAUUAGUGAAAUGGUAAAGGAGCUAGAUGGCCAUGUGCUCAAAUGUGUGAAAGAUCAGAAUGGAAACCAUGUUGUACAAAAAUGUAUUGAAUGUGUUCAGCCACAGUCACUGCAGUUCAUCAUUGAUGCUUUCAAAGGACAAGUGUUUGUGCUUUCAACCCAUCCUUAUGGCUGCAGAGUCAUUCAGCGUAUCCUAGAGCACUGCACUGCAGAGCAGACCUUACCCAUCUUAGAAGAACUUCACCAACAUACAGAGCAGCUGGUACAGGAUCAGUAUGGCAAUUAUGUUAUUCAGCAUGUGCUGGAACAUGGUCGACCUGAAGACAAAAGCAAAAUUGUUUCUGAAAUCAGAGGAAAGGUGUUAGCCCUGAGUCAACACAAAUUUGCCAGCAAUGUAGUAGAAAAGUGUGUUACUCAUGCUUCCCGUGCUGAGAGAGCUUUACUGAUUGACGAAGUUUGCUGUCAGAAUGAUGGUCCUCACAGUGCCUUAUACACCAUGAUGAAGGAUCAGUAUGCCAAUUACGUGGUUCAGAAGAUGAUUGAUAUGGCCGAACCUGCUCAGAGAAAGAUAAUCAUGCACAAGAUUCGACCUCAUAUUACUACUCUUCGCAAAUAUACGUAUGGGAAGCAUAUACUGGCCAAGUUGGAAAAAUAUUAUUUGAAAAACAGCCCAGAUCUAGGGCCUAUCGGAGGACCACCAAAUGGAAUGCUCUAAGGGAAAGGAGAAGGGUCAACCAUGUUUAAAGAAUGGGUUUUCUUUGUGAAUUAUCAAAACACAAUUCAACUAUGAAUCUUUGAUUUUUUUUUUUAAAGCAAAACUAUUUAUUGACUUUCUUCAUCCAUUUGUAAAUUUUUAAGGUUCUUGUGUAUAUUUAGGGGGUGGGUUGGUGAAUUAUAAAUUAUAUUCAACCCUGAGUGGAGACCUAUCAGAUUGGAUUUCUGGUGAAGCACAGAAUGCCUGUAUAUGAUAUAACUGUAUCCCCCCCCCCAAAACAAAAAAGAAACAAAAAAAGGAAAAAAAGUUGUCACAUAUUUUGUAAAUUUAUACCUUGUAAAGUCACAAAAAAAUAGUUUUUAAAGGGAAAAGUACAGUAUUUUAAUAAACUGGCUUGCAGUCUGGUAGGUCUACAACCCCAUAGCACAACAGGUUUAUAUAGAUGUACAUAGAAUUAUAGUUCUUAUUUUUUUCCUUUAUGUGAAGCCUUUUAUAACAGAUUAACAAUCAACUGCAUAAAUAUUAUUAAUAUUUUAAAAAGAAAGUUAAGUUGUAUUUUGGUAAUUCACAAACUAUCAUGCAAAGAAAAACUCAAAAACAGACAAGAAUAAAAUGAUUUGAGAUAACAUUAUUUACAGUGGAUGUGGUUUUAAUAAAAUUACUGCCCUAUAAUGUCCCUGGCGAUGUACAGAAGAAUUGUAUAUACUUACUGUAAUGAGUUAGAAAAAGAAAUCAUGGUGGCACUUCCAUUCAGUCAAACUGCACUGAAUGAAAAGUUAAAUUUCACACUAACUUUUCAGUUUGGUUUGCAACAAGAACGGAUGGAGAGUUGUAUUUUGUUCUAAUUAUAGAAUUAAAGACUGUUGAGGAAGUAUCGUUUUAUUCUGUGUUUUCAUAGUAGAUACAUAAAUAGGAACCUGAUAGAGGUGAGAGAGGCCACUGAGAAGUGAACUGAUAGCUCAGCAUUUAGCAUGAUUGCAUAUUCAGAGAGCUUUUUUUUUCUUCCUAUAAAUAAACACAUUGUGUAUGUAGGGGGUAGAUGUAAGUUUACAAUUUGAAAGCAGAUCUUGUUUCAGUGUUUGUUAUGAAAGCCUUGCUAAUUUCGUAGUUACUCUCCUUGGUUGUACAGGUGUACAUUUGUAAACCUUCAUGCUGUAAAUGGAAUCUGUUUUAUCUCUUUGGGAAACAUUUGCAUUUUAGUGUACAUUUACAUCCCUGCCCUCUUUAACCUGGCAGUAUAGUGUUGUAUAAUGUAAAUUUAUUUCUCCAAAUUGAGAGUGAUUUUUUAAAAAAUUUUUUAUCUUUAUAUGGUUUCAGAAGUAUGAACCAGCUUUCUUUUUAUUAUUGUGGAAAACAUUUUGUUUUAUAACAUAGUUGUUGACUCUGUUGAUAAUGGACAUGCUAGGAUCUGGAUCACUUUCAAUUGAAGUCAGGGUAUUGUGCAUAGUAAAUAGAAAGUAUUGGACUGAGAUUUAAUUACCACAGAGGCCAAUGCUUUUCCAUCUUUAAAUGUGAUGUGACUUUUUUCUUUGUACAGAAGAGUACUGUAUUUUUGAAUAGCCUACUCCCAAGUAAGAGCAAAUCUGUAUGAUAACAUUUUUUCCUCUGGACAUAAGACAUUAUAACAGUAACAUGAUGUACAUUUACAAGCGGCCUUAUGUACAUUUCCCAACAAUCUUUUUAAGGCAAAAUUGUGACCAUAUGUGUAUAAUUAAAAUCGUUUUUAAUCCUUUGCCUAUGAAAAUAUUUUGGAAAAAAAUUGCUUUGUAUAUUCAGUUUCUGAAAGAUAAAGAAAGUGCUUUGUAUUUUGUUGAAGUCAGUAUUUUGUAUAAACAUUUAUGUUGACCCACUUAUGUUCAGUGCUGAAAACUGAAAUGAACAUGCUAUUCUGUCAGAUAAAUUGUUGAAGGGAUUUUUUACUAGAGGUCUGCAGAACAAAAGCAAUCAGAGCACAAUGUUGAGUAGAAAGGUCUAUCCUUUUGUUACUCAGAUCAUGAACCUUCAAGUUUGGCAUCAAGUUUGGGGUGCCAGGAGUAUUUGAUGUUGAUGUUGAGUUACUCUAGCUUUCUAACCCAACAUUCCUUGGUGAGGCCAUUAAAUCCAGCCACUUGUCACCAUUCUCAGUCACACUGGCUCAUCAGCAUGUCCCUGUCACAGUAGCAGUAUUUUCUCCCGUGUAGAGAAGCACUCUGCCUCCUUAUCUCACUUUAUUUUGCCAGCCUCAGAGUGUCUUGACCCUGGAUUGAACGAAACUUUCCCUCAUCGGCCCAUGGUUUCAGGGUCAAAGCUGCCGAUUUGAGAUGAGCAGCUCUUCCUGGUUCCCCUUCACCCUUACUUUUGGAUGCUCGGGCAGCUGUCACUCAGUUCAGAAAGUGGCAAGUCCUAGAGAAAGUUGUUUGGAACUGAAUCCUCCUCUAGCAGUCCUGAUUCAUACUUCCCAGUGCUGACAACCCAGUCCUCCUGAUAUUUUUAGGCAUAUUCUAUAAAAAUACCUGUUCGUGUAGAAAUUUUAUGAUCUGCCAGUUUUGGUGCCCACCCUGAUUCUACCUUCUAGUAUGUUGGCAUGGAACUUUAGAAAAAUCGACAUUUCAGAAUAAAGAAAUCUGAUUGGGCAGAAACCGCCUAGGCUUUACUCUUGAGUGUCUCCUUUUGAUAUAGAUUGUUUCUGGACCAGUUUGUGUAAGUCCUGGCUCUUAUUGGUUCAUAUGAAAUGUUAUCUUCACUUCUUUGUAUAUUAUGUAUAAAUUAGAAAAUGAAACGUGUGAAUAACAUUGUAUGAAAUAAACCUGGUCUUGUGUUUUUCUCUA